ACCAUGUUCUCGACGGGAUUUGCUCCAUCGCCCUCAGAUCAAUCUCGUUUCCGGGACGCUCCCUUGCCAGCCGUUCCAGAUACUUCGACGCCUCAACACAGACUACGAUCAUACAACUCGGGAACGAUGAAGGUCGAAGUCUUCGACGAGAGCCGCCAACGUCCGAGUCACGAGGAGAGCAUCUUCCUGUCUCCCGAACGACCCUCGAACGAUCUCAGCGUCACGUCUCUUGAUGCUGGACCGAGGCUGAGAAAGACAAGCUUUACCUUUUCGGAUGUCGACAGACAGGAGAACGAACAAAGAAUCGCCAUGCUCAUGGACAUCAGCGAGCAGAACAACGCGGACAAGUCAAGGUCAAAAGUAGCAGACAGCCGAGAUCUCGCCAUUGAAGCGACACGUCGUUUGGCCAACGUCAGCGUCAAUGGACGUGAUGCUCUCCCCACCCCGCCUUCGAUGAGACGCAAACUCUCUCGACCAUCGACAGGUAGUAGUACUAUCUCGAGGAUUACUACGAAAAGUAACAAUAUCGUUCAGGACGUCAUCAGGCCGCUUGGAAGACUUAACCGCAAAAAGUCCAGCGAGCCUUCCUCCGCGCGGACCGAAACCGAUACUUCGGGAUCGUUCACAACCGACCCCUCUGAGCCGCUGGAUCCUCAGUCUCCCCCUCAUCAUCACCGUCAUCUUUCUCCGAGCUUACCUGAAAGACAUCCGACAAAAAGUCUCUUGCCAGGCUUGGAGAUCGUCACGGGCGAGAAGCAGGCCUAUGCCGCCUCGCCCAUUGAAUACGUAGCUUACCCGCAAGAUUCGCCCCCUGGUCCCGCGGACCGGUUGUACCGACAACCCAUGAUUUCGCCAUCUCCUUCCGGAGAUCUUCUGGACAACACUUUACCAUCAAAUCAGGAGUUUUACCGCUUCAGUGAUCAGCGGGGGUCAGGAUUUCAGGAAGGCGACACGACGGUGCGCCUCGGUGGAUAUGGCGAGGACGAUCAGCCGAUUAGGAGGCGUAUCGGUCGACGAGAUUCGGCGAUCAAGGAGGCUCGUAUGGAGUCGGCCGUGCAUACGAUGAUGAUGGGUGGUGGGUCUCGCCAUUUACGGGACGAGACUCGACAGCGUCAACGAUCGGAGGAGACGGUGCAUCCGACGAUGAGGAGGUUGAGGACGACGAGUGAAAUGGGAGCGGCGAGGUCUAGGAGCGAAACGGCUGGAUCUAGGGGGACGAGCAGUAUGAGCAGCUUGCACGACGAGGUGAAGGAAGGUCAGAGGGUGAAGACGAGGAAAUCGAGAGCUUUGUCGGAUAUCGCGGCCACGCCACCUAUUACGCCGGUCAAAAUGAAACCGGAAAGACCAUUCGACCUACCCGAAUCCAAUCACCGACCUUCCCCGCUUUACACGUUUCCCCCGCCGCAGAAGGAGAACAUGUUGGACGAACCUAUCAAGGUGAUCAAGCCGAAACGAUCCGGAUUUAUGAGCUUUCUCAGGGAAAAGAUGUUGUCGCGGAACAUGACGGACGAGACGAUGGGACCGGACGGGUUGUCGGACUCGCAGAGGAUCAGAGCGGCUUACUUGAUGACGACGGAGAGGGAGAAUGUCCGAGGGGAGAAAAGGAGCAUGACCAUGCCAAAUGUCAAGGCUAGACCGUCUAGGACAGUCAGUCAAUUGAUUACCCCUACAAAGGAUCGACAUGGUCAGACUCGAUCGGCAUCUAUGCGGGUCAGGCCGGCAUCGAUGUUGGAGGAGACGCCUCCUCGUCCUACCGAUAGAGACGCUAGGGAGUCUCCCAUGACACACAGUGAAAGUCCGACUCGAUCCGCCUUGCCUGCUGAUCAAUCAGUACCGGUCUCCUUGAUGGCGCUAAAGAGUCGCAACGUGUCGAUGUACGAGUCCGAACUCGAGCAGACAAGUGAGACCGAUGACAAAGCUCGAAUCAGAAAGUUGGAAGAAGAGCUGCUCGUUGCAAGACGAGCGUGGCACUCCCAGAUCACCCACCUCGAAUCACAGCUCGGUCGGCUGAAAGAUGCCAUGACGUUGGCCAAAGAAGAAGCCCAGGCGUCCUCGCUGGCAGAGAGGGAGAGACGAUCUGAGCUGGCGAUAUUGGAACAGGGCGUAUGUUCGCGCUGCCGGGGCAUGUUGGAUGCAGGCCAGGUCGAGAGGGAGCCGAGUGGCUUGAGCGCCUCGAUUUCCCAGAAGCCCUAG